AUGGCUGCGGAGAGUUCCGCCGCGGCGGCGACCCGUAGAUCUGGCGGCGGAGGAGCAUCGGCGGACUCGUACAUCGGAAGCGUGAUAAGCUUGACCUCGAAGAGUGAGAUCAGGUACGAAGGGAUACUCUACAACAUCAACACCGACGAGUCCAGCAUCGGCUUACGGAACGUGAGGUCAUUCGGUACAGAAGGUCGGAAAAAGGAUGGUCCGCAGGUCCCUCCUAGUGACAGAAUUUAUGAAUACAUACUAUUCAGAGGAAGUGACAUCAAGGAUUUGCAAGUCAAAGCUUCUCCACCCAUUCCGACCACUCCACCCAUUAACAAUGACCCCGCAAUUAUUCAGUCUCACUAUCCUCGUCCACCAGCUCAGACCUCAAGCAUGCCUGCAGCAGUCCCCAACACGCCUUUGCCAGACCCUGGCUCCCAUUCUUCACAAGUGGGACUCCCGGGCUUGGCUUUCCAAAACAGUCUGCAUUUAUAUCAACCUGGUGGGAACUUGAACUCAUGGGGACCUUCUCCAUCAAACCCAAAUGGCAGUGGCCUGGCCAUGCCGAUGUACUGGCCGGGAUUCUACGGCACGCCUAAUGGGUUGUCUCAACUGCCUCAGCAAUCCUUACUUCGGCCACCCCCUGGCCUGUCUAUUCCUCCUUCCGUGCAGCAGAUGCAAUUUUCGGGCUUCAAUUCGUCUCUACCAAUGGCAUCGUCUAGUUUGCCGACUUCAACCCUGCAAGAUAAUGACUCAUCCUUGGUUCCAAACAACACUAGUUCACCUGGUCUGAUCCCUAGUACUUCUUUGACUUCCACCACCUUGUCUUUGAACGUGCCCCCUCUACAGCCUAUGCCGCUUGUAUAUGAAACACUGACUAAUCCACUUCAAAACAAAGCUUCUCUAUUGUCCGACUCUAGUAUCCCGACAUCAAUUCCAAGCUCUAGCCUGUCAUCUUUAGCUCAAUUUCCAAAUGCAAUUCCUGAUAAUGCUGGACUACAGUCGGUUGCCAUCAGACCCAGCCCGAUACCUGGUCCAGCAGCCAUGACCCAGCAAAGUAUGUCUCAGCCGGGGCCAUCAUCUUUUUCUCGUGCAUCUGAUUCUAUUCUUACCGAUAAGAAGGCACCUCCACUUGUAACUCCUGGUCAGCUUCUGCAAUCUGCACCACCUGCUGUAUCUGCACCUCAAGCUUCACAGACAAUGCAGAAGGAUGUUGAGGUGGUCCAAGUGUUAUCAAAACCGCCUCCAGAAGCUUUGGUGUCUGUACCUCCCGAAGCUCAGCCGCCAAUAUUACCUUUACCGGGAAACACUCGAGCUCAAAAGCCAAAUGGAGGUGUUUAUCAUCUGCGUAACAAUUACAGAGGGCGUGGUGGAAGAGGAUCUGGGAUCUCACGCCCUGUGGCGAGAUUCACUGAAGAUUUUGAUUUCUCAGCAAUGAACGAAAAAUUCAAUAAAGACGAAGUGUGGGGUCAUUUGGGAAAAACUAAUAAAACUCAUUCCAAAGAUGAUGAAGAUGAAAUUGAUGAGGAAGAAGAUUUGCAGCUUGAGGAUGAUACCGAAUUGCCCAAGAUUGAGGUCAAGUCCGUUUAUAACAAGGAUGACUUUUUCGACUCCCUAUCCUGCAAUUCACUGCAAAACGACCCAAAUCAUGGAAGGACUAGGUAUUCUGAGCAAAUGAAAUUGGAUACUGAGACGUUUGGAGAAUUUUCAAGGUACCGGGGUCGUGGAGGACGUGGGCCCGGUCGUGGUGGCGGCCGGUUUCGUGGGUCGUACCAAGGGAGGGGUUAUGGUGGAUAUGGCGGAUAUGUGGGGAGGGGCCGUGGUGGUAGAGGUAUGCAGAGUCAUUCCUAG